UCCCAAAAGAUGCCAGGAGAUAGGGCCGAGAUAUCACUCAGCCCACACUUUUUUUUUAAUGAAUCAGCCUAGCACAGACCAUCCAGCAGUAGUGAUGGCAAUGGGGCGGGGGCGGGUACCUCAAUUCUCAUUCCUUGCCCCACGCUACUUUGGGGCGGGGCGGGUAAAAUUCGCGCGAGUACGAGGCGGGACGGGUCGACCCACUCUUACAUGUUAUUCGAAAAAAAAUACAAAUAAAAUUUACUUUUUACGAUAAAACGAGGGAAAAACACUUUAAGAAUGAAAAAUAGUGAUAAUAGAAUGGGUAAUUGAGUCUAACAAGUUGAAAGAGCGACUCUAACUAGUUGAAGAAAAGUCAAAAUAGGAGAAAUAUGUAUAGAAAUUGUAAGAAUUUGAGAUAAAAUGAGUCUAGAAUGGGGCGGGGCGGGGCGGGGCAGCCUUGAAAGAUGCUUGUGAGCCUUUACCUGCGGCAUGGGUAUAUCUUCCAUUACGAGACCGGAGCUUAAGGGUGCUGGAGUAGGGAUCGAGAUGGAAUGGAACUUGAGAUACAGAAAUGAUGACCACCACAACACUGUAGAUCAUAGAGAACAGAAGGAACGAUGACCACCACCAUGGAAUGAUUGCCAGAAAGAUUGAGAUUCUUUUGGAUCGUGAUUGGAUUGUUAGGUUCAAACAUGUGUUUAGAGAAGGAAAUUGUUCUGCUGAUUUUUUGACUUCUAAGGAUCACGAGACCGUUAAACUGUUAACCGAUCUAACCACAAGCAGUGAACUACUAAGGUAACUGUUAACAUAUUCCUCAUUUAGUGUUUAACCACCCAAACUUUACAGGUUAGUUACCAAUACAAAAAAUAUAUAUUAUUACUGAUCAAUAUAGGUAACUCAUAAGUCACAAAUCAUCCCCUUCGCAUGCAGCUUCCUAGUAGAUGCCAUCUUUCACGUUUCUGCACCAGACAGGGAAAGAAACCCACUCUCCAAGCCAGCUAGCCGUUUCACUCAUCAUAUGUAGCAAGUUUUAAUGGAAGUACGAUUUUGGAGCCUUGCCGGCCGGGAUUCAAAUCGACACCAACUCUUUCUCCCUUACAUUUCACCAAAUCCAUGUAAGCUAGGUCAAUGUCAUCCUUUAAACCAAAGCAAGCAAACAUCCCUCUGCUGCCCCCUUUUCCCCUGCCGCUUACUUAUAGCUGCAGAGCACUUCCCCUGUUUCUCGUCCAUCCCAUCCCCAAACUGCCCUUUUUUCCAUUACAAGUUAACCGAUAUGGAGCUGACGGACUGCGAGUUCGAAGACCACCUGCCGUCGAUGAUGAAGCGGCUGGGCGCGGAAGGGUUCAUGGAGGAGCUGUGCAAAGGGUUCCGCCUGCUGAUGGACGACGAGCAAGGGGUCAUCACCUGCGACAGCUUGAAGCGGAACAGCGUCCUGCUGCUGGGUCUGGACCAGGAGAUGGGGGACGACGAGAUCGUCUCCAUGAUGGUGGAAGGCGAUCUGGACGGCGAUGGCGCCAUCAACCAGAUGGAGUUUUGCAUCCUCAUGUUCCGACUUAGCCCUGAGCUAAUCGACGGGUCAAAGCAGGUGCUCUGUUCUAAUCGCGGCGGCCACUGCUGCUCUGCUUCUCCUGCUAAGUACUACACCUGAUCGUAUUUGUUGUGGGCACUAGGGCUUUGGUGACUGAGGCUGAUUUUUAGGGUGUGGUUGAUGACUGCCAAUAAUUAUGGAUAGCUAACCUAUGUUGGCUGGUUUUGUUGCAUCUUUUGUUGUAAAAUUAUGCCUAAAUUGAAUGUCUAUCAUGUGUUUCUGUUGACAUGGAACCAUCUCUCUUCACCAUCAUGUUAGUGUUUCGGUCCAGAUUAGCGGACAAACUCGAUAACAAUGAUAUUAUGGUUCUAGUUUACAUUUCUUUCAUUUGACCCCUUCGAACGUGGAAGUAAAUUGUGAGACGGGGCCUCAUUUAAUCUCUAACAAUCAAGUCAAUAUAUACCAUAUAAGAGCUAAUGUAUGUAAAUUAGAGAGGAUCGUAGACGAUAGAAUUUAGGAAGAGGACCAUAUGUAUGAAAAAAAUGUAGGUAGAGAGGAUAGUUCUCUUAGCUUGGAAGUUCAAGACUCAUUGUAUAGAGCAACCGCUUGAACCUUGUGAUUUGCGUUUCGCGCUAGGCUUAGAGUCUGGAAGAAUUCCCAGAAUACAGUAAAAAUUAAACAUAAUUCCCGGAAUACAUAAGUUUUAUAAAAUUUUCCCAAACUACCCAAGUUUCAAAGGGUUCGAGUCCCAUAAACUCGAACUAGUACCGGAUCGACUGCCAAAAAAUCAGAUGAAAUUUUGCAUCGAGGGCUUUAAGUUAUGUAUUCUGAAAAUUAUUUUUAAUUAUUACUGUAUUUAGGGAAUUAAUCCCUUAGAGUCUUUGGUGAGACGCUUAACAAUGGCCCUUGCCCCUUUGGCUUGGCACCGUAUAUUGAAUUUGAGCCAUAGAUAAAAGCACUUUGCUAUGGAUUUAGAUCCAUAGAUAGAAGUGGACAUUUGUUAUGGACUCACACACCUGUCAUUUUCCCUUGGUUAUUAUUAACAUCCCAACACUUUAGGUAUCUAAACCGAAUAUUUGAAAAUUGUUCGAAUCAUUCAAUCAAUAAGUGUAGAAAUGUUCACACUUCACACCAAAUGAAAAGUACAGUAAAUGUUGCAAAAUGGUCCAUUUCUUAGUGCAUCGCAUGCACCGAUAUUGUUAACAGCAAAGGACCGAUAUUGUUAUAAACGCGCUGCUACAGAUCGGGAAAUCGCCGGAAUCGAUAAAAGUAAGAAUACGAA